GAAUCAACUGUAACCAUUCUCACUUUGGGCACACGGAGCGAGAUAGGGAGGGAGAAAAUGGGAAGAGAAGUGUCGGAGAGUUGCAUCGAUGGCUUGCUAACAGAGAUGGUCUCAUCGUACUGCAAUCGCUUCGACGCCAAUAAACCUGAGCUGGCUGGCCGUCGGAUCGAGGCCAUUGGAUAUCAGGUCGGCCAUCAGCUCGCUGAACGGUAUACCAUGGAGCGUCCUCGGUUCAGUGAUCAUCUAGAAGCAAUAAAAUUCAUCUGUAAAGACUUCUGGUCUGAGGUCUUCAAGAAACAGAUAGACAACUUGAAAACAAAUCAUAGAGGCACUUUUGUAUUGCAAGAUAAUAAGUUCCGUUGGCUUGCAAGGAUGUCAGUUGAUACAUCAAUUGAAAGUGUAGAUCUAUCACAAGAUCCUUCUGCACUGGCUGAGAACAAGGCUACCCAAGCCAUGGGCGUGCACCUCUAUUUCCCUUGCGGAAUCAUAAGGGGAGCUCUUUCAAACUUAGGAAUCCCUUGUGCAGUUUCUGCUGACAUAUCCAACCUUCCAGCGUGUUCAUUUGUGGUACGUAUAAAGGCUUGACGAGUGUAUUACAACAAAUGUGGGAUCAAAAUUAGGCGUUGCCCCAUACCUUUUUCCGUUCCUUUCUUCUUUUAGAUGAAAAUGAAGCUGUUUUGUGAAGUGCUCACUGUCCAUAAACCUUGUCCAAAUUCGUGAAUGUAUUAUUUGGGAAAAUUUUCUGUUGUGUACACUUUUUUAGUAGUUGAAGAUAACGUUUGUUACAUGAUUUGCUGUUUGUUGCUGAGCUUGCCCGUGUGAGAGGCUAUGGUUGUAUCUUGGCAAGGCACUAGUUGCUCGAAACUGUUGGUUAUACGCAGAUAUGUGAUGGAUGAAAAAUGGGGCAAAAAAUUCCAUACCAAUAUUUGUGCCAAA